UUUGAUCCACUUAUUCUGAAUUUCAGGAUAUUGCUAUUCCAGUGCAGGUUAGGUGGCCAAGUUUUAUUUUAUUUGAAAGUAAUGUUAACAGGAUAAAAUGGCUAAAUGUAGUGUGUUUAAUUUACAAGAGUUAAGUACGACUGCUUUAUCAUAGCUGUGACCCCGGUAGUUAGGUUGCGGUCUCCUUGACCAGAUCAAACGCUUUGCCGUCUGUGGCGACUAUGUAUAUGUUAACAACUCAUGAUCACCAUAGCUUUUUGAUGUUUUAGAAUACGGUACCUAUUAGAUAUGUAUACAUCUAUGUAGUCGUCCGCAGACGGUAAAGCGUCCGAUCUUGUCAAGGAGACCGCAACCUAACGCCGGGGUCACAGCCCCUAUGAUAAACCUGUCUUACUUAACGCAAGUUUUAACUAUUGUUUAUAUUUCCCUCCUGAAUUAAACACACUGUUUUUAGCCUGUUAAAUUACUUACAAAUUAAAUAACACUUAGCCACUAACUUAUACCGGAAUGCCGGAAUAGCAUGGCAGUAUCCUGAAAUUUAGAAGAGGUCGAUCUAAAUUUCUAUACGAACGAUGAGUGCUCUCAGUUUAACCUUUGGUCCGACGGAGCUGUCCAUACAACUUCUGUUGCUACCAUUAGUCUGGCUUCAGCCAGCCAUCACUGUUGCUGACAGCUUCACCAACACUGACUACUUCAGUGUUACCUGGGAUCGCUGCUACGAGCUGCACAACAAAAACGAACCAGUAAUGUUUACCCCAAUAAUAGACAACUCCGCCACUGCAUUGGACAUAUCCCGAUGCAACCUAACUGUAUUAAGGCAAAGCGACUUCGACGGUCUCCCAAACUUAAAGGUUUUAUACCUCCACCUCAAUGACCUUACAGAACUAGAAUCGUCUACAUUCAAAUCAGUCCCGAAGCUAGAUCAACUAUAUUUAGAUCGCAACAAGUUACGGGAACUGCCUGUUUUCGACGAGCAAAGCUUAAACCAGUUGACCAUCCAUACACCUGGACGACAAUCUGCUCACAGGAAUUUAUGAUCCCAAGACAUUCUCCGCUUGCGCGAAAUAAUAACCCUGCAAAUAUCAAAUAACAAGAUCGAAUACCUUCAUCCGGAUGUAUUCGAGCCCUUGAGGGAAUUAUUCUAUUUGGAUUUAAGCAAGAACAGGAUAACGUAUGUGCUUGAAACUAUGUUCGCAAGUAACCUCAAAUUGUCGUGGUUGUGGCUACAUAACAACAAUAUCGCCGAACUGCCAGAAAAUAUUAUAUAUCCGCUUGCAAAUAAUACAGGGAAUUUUAGAAUGUUUUCUUUCUAUAACAAUCCCUGGCAAUGUGAAUGCCUGCUAGAGCUGAUGGCAGAUGUGAGCCAUGUGAGUUUAAGAUAUCAUAAGGUCGACUCUUCCAAAGGCCGCGGCCGUGAAAUUGUCUUACACUAUGAUGGGACGCGACCAGAGUGUGUGUUUUCAGGAUUUGUACAAUCAACUCCACAAAUAAAAUACAAAGUUCCUCGUAAAUUGCACUGCAUGCGCGAAUACACCUCCUUUACGUAGGUACCUAUAGUGUAUAAAUAAGAGCAAUACGUGGUAAGACACAGGUUCAGGCAGGCAUGGGCGCGCGAUAAAUAACAAAACAUCAGGCCGUCCCUAUCGUACUAUUCGUAAGCGCGUUAGCGACGGCCUGAUGUUUUAUCAUUUAUCGCGCGACCAUACUUGCCUGGCAGAAGCUGUGGUAGGAGCGCAAAUUAGCAAAAUCUGGAGACUUCCUGGCUAUCCGAAAUCAUUUAUGAAGUAUGUAAAACAAGGACAUGAAGCAGACUAAGAUGCCGCCCCUUUAUCUCGGUCACCGGGGCUGUGCACACAUAACAUACUAUGAACAUAAAAGUACAUAUAUUUUGAAGAAUGUAAAAGGAAAUAUAAUUGUAAUUUGUAUUUGUAAUAUGGGUACUUAUAUUAAAUAACUAUGAACAUAGUAAUGUGCAUUGUCAAGGCUACACUGAUUGCUGUUAAUACAUAAUUUGCCAUACGAUUAAAUAAAUAAAUGUGCAUUAAAUAAAUUGUUGACAUAAAUUACUGGAAAGUGGUUUUUAUUAAGACCUACAACGACAUCUAUUAAAGAUAUUAGGUACGAUUUACUGACAAAACUCUCAGCAGCCUUUAUCAGCCAUACAAAGUUACCCUGUCCAUACAAAGGUACCGCUGAAUUAGACAUGACCAAGCCUCCUAGGAAAA